GUGCUUCUCUCGUGAGAUCUGGCAACCCCGCACCGCGCCCAUCUCCGCUGUUUCUCCGCUGUUUCUCCGCUGUUCCUCCGCUGUGCUGUUUGAUGGCCGCAGGAAGACGCCGCUGAGAGCUGGACAGAAGGACCGCACCGGGGGACGGCUCGCGUCGGUGGGAACGACCUAAAGGGAUUGAGUCUUUUGUUGGAUCUAGUGUUUUUAUCCAGCUGAACGUUUCUACGGGACUCCGACGUGUAUUUGUGGUGGACAGCGCCCAGUCUCUGAGCCGGUGUGUCUCCCCCCCUCGGCGGGUCAAAAACUGGGUGCGGGGAGUGCCGCUCCUCGGUUCGGCCAAAAUUCACCAAAUCUGAGCCCCCAGACGGACAGGAGGCGAACUAAUCCCGCGCACAGUCAAUGUGAGAGAAGCACGGACACCACCGACUGAAAGCGGAUCAGCAGAGUCUAGGUGGAGGAGAGAAGUCCAGCAUUAGAAGAGGAAAAUGAGUGAAUUGGAUCAGCUACGCCAGGAGGCUGAGCAGCUCAAGAACCAGAUACGAGAUGCCAGGAAAGCGUGCGCAGAUGCCACCCUGUCUCAAAUCACGGCCAACAUCGACCCUGUGGGCCGGAUCCAGAUGCGUACCAGACGGACGUUGAGGGGGCACCUGGCCAAGAUCUACGCCAUGCACUGGGGCACAGACUCCAGGCUUUUGGUCAGUGCCUCUCAGGAUGGCAAGCUCAUCAUUUGGGACAGCUACACCACAAACAAGGUCCAUGCCAUCCCGUUGCGCUCCUCUUGGGUGAUGACCUGCGCCUAUGCCCCCUCUGGGAACUAUGUGGCCUGUGGAGGUCUGGAUAACAUCUGCUCCAUCUACAACCUGAAAACCCGCGAGGGCAAUGUGCGUGUGAGCCGCGAGCUGGCCGGACACACAGGCUACCUGUCCUGCUGUCGCUUUCUGGACGACAACCAGAUUGUCACGAGCUCUGGAGACACCACCUGUGCUCUGUGGGACAUCGAGACAGGCCAGCAGACCACCACGUUUGCAGGCCACACUGGGGACGUGAUGAGCCUGUCCCUGGCCCCCGAUACCAGGCUGUUUGUGUCCGGAGCCUGCGAUGCCUCGGCUAAACUCUGGGACAUCAGAGAAGGCAUGUGCCGGCAGACCUUCACUGGCCACGAGUCCGACAUCAACGCUAUCUGUUUCUUCCCCAAUGGAAACGCCUUUGCCACGGGCUCGGACGAUGCCACGUGCCGGCUGUUCGACCUGCGGGCUGACCAGGAGCUCAUGGUGUACUCCCACGACAACAUCAUAUGUGGCAUCACCUCGGUGGCUUUCUCCAAGAGCGGCCGCCUUCUCCUGGCUGGCUAUGAUGACUUCAACUGCAACGUGUGGGACACUCUGAAGGCCGACCGCGCAGGUGUGCUGGCGGGCCACGAUAACCGGGUGAGCUGUUUGGGAGUGACCGACGACGGCAUGGCAGUGGCUACAGGGUCCUGGGACAGCUUCCUCAAGAUCUGGAACUAGAGUCCAAAGGUGACCUCUGGACUCUGAGUGGAAGACCAUUCCAACUUCACAAUGUAAAAUUUUCUGGCAUAUCCAAUCUUUUCCACCCACCACCAUACUGACUCCAGUCAUCCCACAAACUUAUCAAGGGCAAAAUCUUUCCUCCUUAUUUAAAAGAGCACAACGUGGUCGUCCCUCCGAAGUCAAAGGAAAAGCGCUGAUCGACCAGUGAACUCGGCCUCCCUCCCUCUCGCUGACCGGCUCCCCCGCUCACUCGCCCGCCCACCCCAUGAGUCUCUCCCUUUCUUCUGAUCAUUCUUUAGUCUGACAGUUAGCUGAGUGGCUGUCAGACUACCAACCAGGAUCAAAGCUCACCUUAGUUUAGCCCUUCCACAUUUUAGACAGCCCGUUUUGAAUCGCCCUCUGUACAUGCGCCCACAUUUUUCUACCUUUUUUCCUGUGUAGUCAUGUCUUAGUUUGCACAAGCGAAAACCUACAUAUAUAGAAUAAUGUUAACUAACAAAGCACACGCCGUCUGAUAAUGAAUGCUCUUUUUGACAAGGCACCCACACAUUACAAAUUCUGGCCCCUCCCCCUUGGUGCCAACAGUGUAGAUCGAACCUGGCCCCUCCCCUCCUCCUUUCCCCGGUGCGCACAGUCACUACUUUUACGUGUACAGGGAAAUCAGAGUGCACUAAACUGAAUUCAAAUCGCCUUUGUCCCAAAAUCUUUCAGACCACUGUUGUUCCAGUCUUCAGCAGGUCAAAGAACUGAACAAGUGCAAACGGGCUAUGUUCAGGGGUGUCUAGUAAUUUAUAAGUACUAAAACUUUUUAGCUAUAAUUACAAAUUAAAACGACGAUCAUACAUAUAGCCACCUUUGGCAGAAAUAUAUGUGACAUCUCAUUACAUAAAGAUUUUAAUUUCAGACCUGCUCGGAACUGCUUUACUCACAGGGUCUUUGCUCUCCGCAGCACAAAUUAGAAAAUUGAAGCACUGGUAGUUUUGGCUUUCACUUUAUCGUAGCAGACACGUGCAAUUCCACUGGGGAGAGGCCGUAGUUUGUCAUCGCUGCUGAUAUAAAACAAGUGAAUAAACGUCCAACACGUUAUUUUCCUAGCUGUUUCUUACCUCGUGCAGUUGAACACCUCUCUUAGUCUUUGCCUAAUGUAAAUAAGACUGCACUGUUACAUGCAGCAGGUAUCCGAGUACGUACCAACUUCUCCAAAUCACAGCGUCUCAAUUGUAGUUCCCGGGUUUACAUGCAUUAAAAUUUGUUAAAUUGGACUAGAACAGUAAUCUGGUUUUCCUGGCGUGCAUGUAAAUGUAGUGAGUGUAGAGUCCGGCCGCAGGUGGAACCCGGCCCACUCUGCCUCUCUCUUCUGUCCCCUGGUUCUUUGGGCCGUGGGCGGGACCUUCAGAUCCGUGCUUGGAAAUGCAGUUACUACUCUGUGAAUGACAUGUUGUAUAAAUCAAUGUUUGAAAAUAAUGAUAUUGAAACUUUUUAAGUUUAAAACAAAAAAAAAGAUUUUGGUUGUCUGCCAUGGGUGGGUUAUCUCUUAGAAUCGCAUGCUGUAGAAUUGCUUAAAAAGGUGCAUAUGGAAUUCAAUUCUUUGAUGUUUUUCUUUAAGAAAAAAUGUUGAUAUAUCAUAAAUACUAUGAUAUGGUAUUUAUAUUUUAUUUUUUAUGUUUGUUUUUCCUUGUUCUCGGCUCCUCCGUGCAUACAUGAUACAACUCAAAAGGCAAAGCUAUGCACUUGAGAAGCAGCCCCAGCCGUCCCCUGGUCCAUAGUACAUGGGGGGAUUCCACAAAUGAAGUCCAUGUUGAAUUGUACACAUUGUGCAUACAUUCUCAUCACCACGGCGACGGAACAAGUUUUCAUUCCUCUGUAGCAGGUCCAAUCCCUCCAGACCGCUCCUCCUGAACUCACUGGCAGAACGCAGGCUGCUGUUCUGCUCCUCUGAGGCUCUUUCUUUAGCACUAGUGACAUUUCACUGUUUUUCUCUGCUACAUUCUGUACAAACAUGUGCUGUAAUUGUGCGUUUAGGCCUGGAGUUGGCAAAAGUCAAUAAAAAAAAAAAAGUUCAAAUGACUUAAAAUUCCACUUUCCUUUUCUCUUAUCCUCCAUUUUAACUCAAUAACUGUAGAGCUCUGACCCGACGCUCCCUUUCAUUUUUGUAUUUAAUUUUGAAGUCAGUCAGUGUACAAGCGAACGCUGGAUGCAAGAUAGAAACUAUAUUCAAAUGUACUGUUAUUUAAGAUGUAAUAAAAGGCAGUUUGAGAUGACCCUGUGUCGUGUGAUUCUGCGGCUCCACACACGCUCCAUGUGGCCCACUCUUGACCUGUAAUUCUGUUCAAAUGAAAUAAACACUUUCUUAUCCACA